CAGAAUGCAGUGAAGGAGAGAGGACUGAACGAGUGGAGAAGGGGAGAUAAGGGGGCAAGUAAGCAAGCGUUCUAAUUCUGCUUCUCUUCAGGCAAUGGCAGCAACUCCCAUGGUUAAGGUGAUCUAUGGGAAACCCAUGCUUCCAGACCUGGCAAGAGUGCUGGCGUGCUUAUAUGAGAAGGAAAUCACAUUUGAACUAGAGGACAUGAACAAAGGCGUUAGAAUGUCACAAGACAUCCUGAAUCUACAGAUAUCAUCCCAAGCGCAUGCUCCGGUGCUUCUUGAUGGUCCUGAUGAAUUCUUUGGGUCAAGGAAAAUUUGCAGGCACAUUGUGGACAAGUUCAAAGCAUAUGGUUACCAGUAUCUCUUGGGGAAAGAUCCACUGGCAAGAGUAUCCGUGGAGCAAUGGAUUCAGUCCGAGGAGCAAAAAUUCGACCCUCCGAGCUCCACCCUCGUCUUCUACCUCGCAUUUAAGAUUGAAGCAGAUGUAGAGAAGACAACCCAGAGUGAAAAGAAACUAGAAAAAGUUCUAAACUUGUAUGAACAAAGACUGGGAGAAUCUGAAUUCCUUGCCGGCAGUUACUUCACACUCGCAGACCUGUACCAUCUCCCCAACACAUACUACCUUGAGAGUUCUAUUGAGUAUGGUUACCUCUUCAAGAACAGGAAGAAUGUUAGCCGGUGGUGGAAAAAUAUCUCGCAGAGGGAUUCAUGGAAGAAGGUGAUCGAAAAGUUUGAAGAGGAAGGCCUCACCUUCAAUGUUCCAGCGUCCAACAGUGAAGCGGAUCGAUCAUCUUCAUCUCCACGAAAAAAUGGUCUAAGAAAUGGACCGAUUGGAAGUUCAGAAAAAGGCAAAAAGGAAGAGGCUAAAGCAGACAUUCAAAAAAAUGAAGGAGAGACAAGAGCAUUAGGAAGCAAGAUAGAAGAUGCUCCCAGUAACAAAGUAUCUGGCGCAAACUUGGGGGAUAAAACAAAUGGCACAACUGAAGGGAAGAAUGAAGAGAAGGAAAUUACUUCAACUGAGGGAGGUAAGAAACGAGAAGCUGCUGAACAAAACAGUGAAGCCAAGAAAGAAAAACCGAAACUAGAGGAUGAAGGGAAAUCAGGUCAGACUCAUGAAAUCAAAGAAAAGGAUGCAAAUAAGUCAGCUACUGCAGACAAGAAAGAGGAUUCAAAACCGGCUGAUCAAGGUAAAGCUUCAUUAGUUGACAGAGGCAUAUUAGGUAAAACUGAUAAAAUCAAAGAACUUGAAGCAAAAAAUCCAGCUAUAGAGGGCGAGAACGAGAUACCCAAACCGGAUGACAAAGACAAAUCUUCAACGGCUAAGAAAGAAAAACCAGGUAAGAUUGAUAAAAUCCUUGAAGGCGAAGCAAAUAAGCCGGAUAUUGAAGGUGAGAAAGAUGCCCAUAAAACCCACGACAAAGAGAAGCCCUCAUCUGGUGAAAAUAAAAAAAGAGGCAUAACUGGUGAAGGAAAAGCAAGCGAAGACAAGAAGACACAGCGACAGGAAGACAUAGAUAAAGCAUCACAAGACGAAAAAGAAAAACCAGAUGGCAUUGAUGACAUCAAAGAGCCUGAAGCAAAUAAGAAAGAUGCUGAAGCAAUUAGAGAUUUAUUAGGCAAAGACGGACAAGGCAAAGUUGGUGAAAACAAAGUAGGUAUGACAAAAGAUCCUAAUACUGAAGUGAAAAAGGAUGGAUUUAAAUCUGAUGACAAAGAUAAAGGUUCAGAUAAUCAAGUUAAGAAAGAUUCAGUAGCAAACGAUGGGAAAGAUACAACUUCAUCAGUUUUAAGCAGAAAUCCUAGUCCCAAAGAUGAAAAGGAAAAAAACAAUUAACAACUGUAUGAUGAUGAAGAUGAAACAGAAAAUAAAGUUUUUUAGUUCCUUCAAAAUCUGAACUUAGUGAAAAUUUUGCGCCCUGUUCUCCGAGGCUCUUGAAAGCUACACUCUGUAGCCUACCAUAUUUGAAGGAAUCUUCGAAAGGAUUGUCUCAGAAAUACAUUUCAUUUCAUUUCAAUUUUCCUAAUCAUGUUUCCUUUAAAUCCUACCUUGGCAAUUAAGAUUUGUUGUUUUGUCUAUGUUGUAUGUGACAUUUUGUAUCAUCUAUUUUCUAUGUGAUUGUAAUUC